AUGGGGAGCUUUGAAGAGAGCGAGAAGCAGCAGAGUGUCUCACAUGGGGAAGCUGCAGUCAUCCGUGCUCCCCGAAUUGCCAGCUUCCCUCGCCCCCAGGUCACGUGGUUCCGUGAUGGACGGAAAAUUCCCCCCAGCAGCCGCAUAGCCAUCACACUGGAGAACACUCUGGUAAUCCUGUCGACAGUAGCACCUGAUGCUGGACGUUACUAUGUUCAGGCUGUGAAUGACAAAAAUGGAGACAAUAAAACCAGCCAACCCAUCACACUAACAGUGGAGAAUAUCGGUGGACCAGCUGAUCCCAUUGCACCAACCAUCAUUAUUUCACCUCGCAACACCAGUGUAAUCGCUGGCACCUCGGAGGUGAUCCUGGAGUGCGUGGCCAAUGCCAGGCCACUCAUCAAGUUGCACAUCAUCUGGAAGAAGGGCGGGGUGCCUGUGUCCAGUGGCAUCAGUGACUACAACCGGCGCCUGACCAUCCUCAAUCCCACCGUGAGCGACAGCGGCUACUAUGAAUGCGAGGCUGUGCUGCGAAGUAGCAGUGUGCCUUCUGUGGUUCGGGGAGCCUACCUCUCUGUGCUGGAGCCGCCUCAGUUUACCAAAGAACCAGACAGGCACAUCACGGCUGAGAUGGAGAAGGUGGUACAAGUUCCUUGUCAAGCCAAAGGUGUACCUCCACCCAGCAUGUUCUGGUACAAGGAUGCAGCCCUGCUUCAAGUGGAGAAGCUCUCUCGUUUCCGGCUCCUUGCCAAUGGGAGCUUGCAGAUCAGUGGACUGGUGCCAGACGAUACGGGCAUGUUCCAGUGCUUCGCCCGCAAUGCUGCUGGAGAGGUGCAAUCCUCCACGUACCUAGCCGUCACCAGCAUUGCCCCCAACAUAACCAAAGGACCUCUGGACAGCACGGUGAUUGACGGGAUGGCCGUGGUGCUCAGCUGUGAGACUUCAGGGGCUCCCAGACCAGCCAUCACCUGGCAGAAAGGGGAGCGAAUCCUGGCUAGCGGUUCAGUGCAACUUCCUCGUUUUACACUACUGGAGUCAGGAAGCCUCCUAGUCAGUCCUACGCGGAUCUCAGAUGCUGGCAGCUACACUUGCCUGGCCACCAAUUCCCGCGGUGUUGACGAGGCAUCCGCUGAGCUUGUUGUCUGGGCCCGGACAAGGAUUACCAACCCCCCUCAGGAUCAAAGCGUCAUCAAAGGCACCAAAGCAUCCAUGACCUGUGGAGUGACCAAUGACCCCAGUGUGGUAGUCCGGUUCAUAUGGGAGAAGGACGGCACAGCGAUAAAUGUGGAGAACGUGCCACGCAUGCGACUGGAUAAUACAGGCACGUUACACAUUGCUCAGACCUGGUCCGGCGACAUUGGCACCUACACCUGUCGGGUGGUGUCUGCUGGAGGCAACGACUCUCGCAGUGCUCACCUGCGAGUCCGGCAGCUCCCACAUGCACCAGAAAACCCCAUGGCUGCGCUGAGCACUGUAGAGAAACGGGCCAUCAACUUGACUUGGACCAAGCCAUUCGAUGGAAACAGCCCGCUGCUGCGCUACAUCCUCGAGGUCUCCGAGAACAAUGCACCCUGGAUGGUGCUGAUGGCCAGUGUGGACCCUGAAGUCGUCUCAGUGCUGGUGAGAGGCCUCGUUCCUGCCCGCUCGUACCAGUUCCGGCUGUGUGCUCUCAACGAUGUGGGCAAAGGACAGUUCAGCAAGGACACGGAGAGGGUUUCCCUCCCUGAGGAACCCCCCACGGCACCCCCACAGAAUGUCAUUGCCAGCGGCCGCACCAAUCAGUCCAUCAUGAUCCAGUGGCAGCCACCACCAGAGAACCACCAGAAUGGCAUCCUCAAGGGGUACAUCAUCAGAUUUUGCCUGGCAGGCCUUCCUGUGGGCUACCAGUUCAGGAACAUCACCAAUGCUGAUGUAAACAACCUGCUAUUGGAGGAUCUGAUCAUCUGGACUAACUAUGAGAUUGAGGUGGCCGCAUACAACAGCGCUGGACUGGGUGUCUACAGUUCCAAAGUCACUGAGUGGACUCUACAGGGUGUUCCCACAGUGUCUCCAGGUAACGUGCAGGCUGAGGCCACCAACUCCACCACCAUCCGCUUCUCAUGGAACCCACCCAGCCCACAAUUUGUGAACGGCAUAAAUCAAGGCUACAAGCUGAUCGCCUGGGAACCAGGACUAGAAGAAGACAUGACUAUGGCAACGGUGCGGCCUAACUUCCAAGAUAAUAUCCACGUGGGUUACGUCACAGGUCUCAAGAAGUUCACAGAGUACUUUACCUCAGUGCUGUGUUUCACCACACCAGGCGAUGGACCCCGCAGCCCACCGCAGCUGGUGCGCACCCAUGAGGAUGUUCCGGGUCCAGUGGGACACCUCAGCUUCAGUGAGAUCCUGGACACAUCUCUGAAAGUCAGCUGGCAAGAGCCUCUGGAAAAGAAUGGCAUCCUGACAGGCUACCGGAUCUCCUGGGAGGAAUACAAUCGCACGAACACACGUGUAACGCACUACCUGCCUAAUGUCACACUGGAAUACCGUGUCACAGGCCUCACAGCCCUUACCACCUACACCAUCGAAGUGGCAGCCAUGACUUCCAAAGGACAGGGGCAGGUUUCCUCCUCUACCAUUUCUUCAGGGGUCCCUCCAGAACUCCCAGGCCCCCCCACCAACCUGGGCAUCUCCAACAUUGGUCCCCGCUCAGUCACACUUCAGUUCCGCCCUGGUUAUGACGGCAAGACAUCUAUUUCCAGAUGGCAAGUGGAAGCUCAGGUGGGUCAAACUGGUGAGAGCGAAGAGUGGACCCUUAUCCACCAGCUGUCUAAUGAGCCCGAUGCUCGCUCCAUGGAGGUGCCCAACCUCAAUCCCUACACCUACUACAGCUUCCGUAUGCGACAAGUGAACAUCGUAGGCACCAGCCCACCUAGCCUGCCUUCCCGCAGGUUCCAGACAUUGCAGGCCCCACCUGAUGUGUCUCCGGCCAAUAUUACACUACGCACAGCCAGUGAAACAAGCCUCUGGCUCCGAUGGAUGCCCUUGCCAGAAACAGAAUACAAUGGCAGCCCUGAGUCAGUCGGCUACCGCCUGCGCUACUCACGCUUAGAUGGGCGUGGCCGCACACUGGCCCACACGAUCCAUGACCGGGUGGAACGUGAAUUCACCAUUGAAGAUCUGGAAGAAUGGACUGAGUACCGUGUGCAGGUGCAGGCCUUCAAUGCCAUCGGGCCUGGGCCAUGGAGUCCGACUGUGGUGGGGCGAACCCGAGAGUCAGUGCCUUCCUCCGGACCAACCAAUAUUUCCGCCCUGGCUACCACCUCUACCUCUAUGCUGGUGCGGUGGAAUGAUAUUCCUGAACCUGACCGAAAUGGGCUUAUUCUGGGCUAUAAGGUCAUGUAUAAGGAGAAGGACUCGGACUCAAGAGCCCAGUUCUGGGUGGUGGAGGGCAAUGCCUCAAGGAGUGCCCAACUCACAGGCAUGGGCAAGUACGUCUUAUACGAGAUCCGAGUGCUUGCUUUCACCCGCAUUGGUGAUGGUGUGCCCAGCAAUCCACCCAUCCUCGAGCGCACAUUGGAUGAUGUGCCUGGGCCUCCAGUUGGCAUUCUCUUCCCUGAAGUGAGAACUACUUCUGUACGGCUCAUCUGGCAGCCCCCCGCUGCUCCCAAUGGUAUCAUUCUGGCAUACCAGAUCACCCACCGCCUCAACACCACCACUGCCAAUUCAGCCAGUGUGGAAAUACUCAAUCCCAGUGCCCGUCAGUUUACAGCGAUCGGUCUCAGACCUGAGUCCACCUACCUCUUCCGUAUCACGGCUCAGACCCGGAAGGGCUGGGGCGAGGCAGCAGAGGCACUGGUAGUCACCACUGAGAAGAGAGACCGUCCCCAACCUCCAAGCAAGCCAGUGGUGCUGCAGGAAGAUGUCAAAGCAAGGACCGUAUUGUUAUCCUGGGAACCAGGCAGUGAUGGGCUUUCCCCAGUCCGGUAUUACACUGUGCAAACACGGGAAAUCCCUGAUGGGAAAUGGGUGCUACAUUCUGCCUCUGUCGGCCAUAACACCACGUCCUUCAUCGUCAACAGGCUGAAGCCUUUCACCACCUAUAAAUUCCGGGUCAAGGCAACCAAUGACAUUGGCGAUAGCGAGUACAGUGACGAGUCAGAGUCCCUCACCACACUGCAGGCUGCCCCAGAGGAAGCUCCCACUAUCUUGUCUGUGACGCCACACACCACCACGUCAGUGUUGAUCCGUUGGCAGGCUCCAUCAGAGGACAAAAUCAAUGGCAUCUUGCUAGGCUUCCGUAUCCGCUAUCGAGAGCUGACGUACGAAGGGUUGCGGGGUUUCAUUGCACGCAGCAUCGGCAGUCCCAGUGCAAAAUGGACAGAACUGACCUAUCUCAACAAACACCAUCGCUAUGAGAUCCGAAUGAGCGUCUACAAUGCUGUGGGUGAGGGUCCCACCAGCUCACCCCAGGAAGUCUUCGUUGGGGAGGCUGUACCCACGGCUGCCCCACAGAAUGUGGUCAUCCAAAGUGCCACAGCCACCCAGCUCGAUAUCACAUGGGAGCCCCCACCUCCAGAGGCACAGAACGGAGACAUCCAAGGCUAUAAGAUCUAUUUUUGGGAGGCCCAGCGACAGAAUGAAACUGAACGGGUGAAAACUCUCUUCCUGCCAGAGAAUGGCGUCAAACUCAAGAAUCUGACUGGCUACACGGCCUACUUGGUCAGCAUCCUGGCCUUCAACGCUGCGGGUGACGGGCCCCGCAGUGCCCCCAUCAAAGGCAGGACCCAGCAAGCAGCCCCCAGCGCUCCGGGCUUCAUUAAAUUCAGUGAACUCACUACCACCUCUGUGAACGUGUCUUGGGACCCCCCUCUCUUCCCCAAUGGAAUCCUUGAGGGCUACCGGCUCAUCUACGAACCUUGCAUGCCUGUGGAUGGGGUCAGCAAGAUUGUUACCGUGGACGUGAAGGGAAACAGCCCUCUUUGGCUGAAGGUCAAAGACCUGGCAGAAGGCAUCACUUACCGGUUCCGAAUCAGAGCCAAGACCUUCACCUAUGGACCUGAAGUAGAAGCCAACAUUACCACGGGGCCUGGAGAAGGUGCUCCAGGUCCCCCAGGUGAGCCCUUUAUCUCCAGGUAUGCCUCAGCCAUCACCAUCCACUGGUCAAGUGGCGAUCCAGGCAAAGGGCCAAUCACCAGAUACGUUAUCGAGGCGCGGCCUUCAGAUGAGGGGCUCUGGGACAUUCUUAUAAAGGACAUUCCCAAGGAAGUGACCUCAUAUACCUUCAGCAUGGAUAUCUUGAAACAGGGUGUCAGCUAUGACUUCCGUGUCAUUGCUGUCAAUGACUAUGGCUAUGGGACGCCUAGUGCUCCCUCCCCAUCAGUCUCAGCUCAAAAAGCAAAUCCUUUCUAUGAAGAGUGGUGGUUCCUGGUGGUCAUUGCUUUGGUGGGACUCAUCUUCAUCCUCCUGCUGGUCUUUGUCCUUAUCAUCCGUGGGCAAAGCAAGAAAUAUGCCAAGAAGUCAGACUCAGGUGGCAAUUCCAAAUCAAAUGCGCUUGGCCAUGGGGAGAUGGUCAGCCUGGAUGAGAGCAGCUUUCCUGCUCUGGAGUUGAAUAACCGGCGCCUGUCAGUGAAGAAUUCCUUCUGCCGGAAGAAUGGCAUCUACACAAGGUCCCCACCGCGGCCGAGCCCCGGCUCCCUGCACUACUCAGAUGAGGAUGUCACCAAGUACAAUGACCUCAUCCCAGCUGAGAGCAGUAGCCUCACUGAGAAGCCCUCCGAAAUCUCCGAUUCACAGGGAAGCGACAGCGAGUACGAAGUGGAUCAGAACCAGCAGAAAGCCCAUUCCUUUGUCAAUCAUUACAUCAGCGACCCUACUUACUACAAUUCAUGGCGGCGUCAGCAGAAGGGCAUCUCGAGGGCUCAGGCUUACAGUUACACGGAGAGCGACUCCGGGGACCCCGACCACUGCCCCAUGUCCAACAGCACCAGCACCCAACAAGGCAGUCUCUUCCGACCUAAAACGAGUAGGACUCCAACACCACAAACUCCGGUCAACCCUCCUAGCCAGCAGAGCACCCUUUACCGACCCCCAAGUAGCCUUGCCCCUGGGUCCAGAGCCCCUAUUGCUGGAUUUUCUUCCUUUGUCUGACAUUCUUAAAGGAAAGAAGAAGAGGGAAAAAAAAGAUUUAAGAAGAAAAAUAAUGGGUUUAAUAACAGCAACAACAACGGCAAACAUUUUGGUCCAGAAUUAUUAUUUUUUUCAGAGGUGAUGGAAAGAUCAUGUGGGAGACAAUCCGUCUUAGUUGAGUUUGGAAUCAUUUACUGCUGCUGCUUCUAGUAUUGCACAGUGCUCAAAGGAACGACAGGUUUGCAAACAUGCGCCCGGAACAAGACGGGAAGCAAGCCUGUUUGUGGGCCUGGAGCUGGAGGAAGGAAGGCAACAGGGUAAAAAAAAAUACAUAUAUGGGAGCCCCCAAACUUAAGACAAUGUUUGGCAUUGCUGACCACCACCUUGCAGAUUGUCCUGCUAGACAGAGAAAGAAAUUGUGAAUUGGUGUUUCUCAGAAUAGUCGUUUUGAGUUUGAUUUUUUUUUCUCCAGCCAAAGUUUUCCUCGGAGGGGAACGGGUGAGGGCUCCAAAAGCUGUAAAUAUGAGCCAGCCGGGCCACUGCAGCCAGUGCGCCAGGAAGCUCGACGCGAGGCUCGCUAGGGUGAUGUGCAAAACAUUGGCCAGUGGGAACAUGCACCGGACAGCUAACAGCUGACCAACGAGAAAGGAAGACUCCAGAACCAACACACAACCAGUAUGACACUGGAGAGAAUCCCAGUCGCAGUAGCCCUCUCGAAUGGAUUAUUACAGUUUCUGCAGGGAAACAGCACCUCCUCUCAGAACUAGUUUUGCCUCCCUUCUGCUCUUCCACUACAGGCUGGAACAUUUGCAAAAGUUAGCCAAGCUGAACGGUGCUGAUUAGAAAAACAGUGCGAUUUUUCCUUUUGUGCAUUGAGAUGUGACGCUAGAAGAGUGCGCUUGAGAAUAGUUGGGAGGAAGGUGCAGGGUUCAAAGGAGCCAAGUGUUCUGUCCUGUGGCAGAAACACGCUAUCCGUAUCACCUCACUGGAAAGUGCCUGCCCCCCCCCCCGGGCUUGGUGGGAGAGCUGAGCGCACACAGCCAAACUGAGCCACGCGGCAGAAUCCAUCCCACAGGGCUGGAGAGUCUCCCGGCACCCUGAUUUCUUCUCAGUUCCUUUUGUCCCCCUUCACGUCGUUGGACAGGGAGAGAGAAAGGGAAGGGAGGAAGUCCCAAUCCAAUCCAAGUGCAAUUUGAGGAGGUUUUCAGGGAAAAGAUAUAAACUUGAGCUUUUAAAUGCUGCGCGGCCCCUUGGUGCUGGCUUUAGAUUGGAUCAUGGGGGAGGGGGCUGACUUACGCCUCAUGGCAGCAUUUUCUCUCUUCCUGCUAUCCAAACUAAAUGUUCUUUUCAGUUCCAUAGAAGAAAAGUUUUUUUUCCUCGUUCCCCUUUUAUAUAGGUUAUUUUUUUAAUUAUUCACCCCCUCACAAACAUUAGUGUGGGAGAGGGAGGGGGCAGGGUGGGUGCCGAUGAAGUGAUAUAUCGAAACGAUUAGCCUCUCUCUCUUUUCCUUUCCUUUUUUAAAAAUUCUAUUUUAGCACAAAGGUAUGGGAGAGACAGGUGGGGGGCUAUUUUUGUUUUUGUUUGGGGCCUAGCAGAAUACACGUAAACACACACAGAGUGCCUACUGAGCCCCCACAUCUGCUGCGGAGGCCAUUUUUCUUUUUCCAAGAGAGUCAUGGUCUAGAGCAAAAAAGGAGUCCGGGAACCAUGGGAGGAAAAGGGGAUCCCAAAAACGAGCACGGUGCUCCCGCUGGGAUACCCUCUUUCCCGGGAGUGCUAAGAAUCUGUUUCCAUAUAUAACCCUCUCACCUCACCCCAUGCCUUUAUUUGCACAUUUGUUUUCGGAGCCUGGUUACAAAGAGUUGAGCCUGGCACGUAGGGUCC